CGCCACGAAAAAGCUACUGUAUCUAUAGUGAUACGACCAGAGAAUCGUUUAUCAACCGUAUGCUUGAGCAACUGCAAGAGCGUGGCUUAGUGGCUAAAGUUGCAAGAGAACUCAACGUGAAGUACCGUACUGCACUGAAUUGGUGGCACAUUUAUGAAGAAACAGAAGGGGUGCCGUAUAAAAAUAGUGAAAAAAACAGUGGUCCAAAAAGCUCAUUUACAACUGAGCAUAACGAGUACAUUACCAAGCUACUUGACAACGACCCUCAGAUAUUUGCGGACGAUAUAAUAAAUAGCUUGACUGAACAAUUCGAAGGCUUCACCAUUUCAAAUCGCAAAUGAACAACCAUUUACAUGAAGCCGGUUUCCACAUCAACAUGAGACUCAAUUGGGCCAGAUCGAAAAGUGGAAAAAAGGCAAUUGUAAAGCAACCACAAACCAGAGCACCAACACAUACAAUCAUUGGUGCCAUUCACUCCUCUAGCAUUAUUCACGUUGCUAUCAGAAAACCACCACCAAAAAAAGAAAUUGAGGCUGCUAAAAAAAAAGAAA